AUGUCAAAGCCAAAAAUAGAAGACUAAGCACAAAAUAAUUCUUCCAAACAAAAAUAAUACGAGGAUUUUGAUAAAAGUGAAUAUGACUAAGAAUCCAAAGAAGCUAUUCGGUUAGUGUUCUAAAAAUUUGAUAGAGAUGGAAGCGGCGAUAUUCAAUUUGAUGAAAUAGGAAAUUUGGCAAAAGAAUUAGGAUUAAAAAUAAAAAAUGAAGAUAUAUAGCAAAUAUUUUAAGAUUUAGAUUAGAACUCUGAUAAAAAGAUCAGUUUUGAUGAAUUUUGGGCUUGGUGGUCAAGUGGCAAACCAAAUAAAUUAGAGAAGCUCGUAUAUUAUAAGUUGAAAGGGAUGAAGCUAUUAAAAAAAGCUCAUACUGAAUUUACAAGAAUGGGAUCAUCUCUUGAUUCAAAAUAUGAUAAGAGUAUUGAUACGCAUUAUAUAGCUUUAAAUUAUGGAUCUUCAAAAGGAGAGCUCUCUGCACAUAUAAAUUUAUAUAUUUAGCAUAGCAAAAACUAAGAAGUGAGAGAGUAAGCCCUGAAAGGAAUUAAAUUAAAAGAUGAUACAUAACAAUCUGCCUUUGGUAUUGUAAUGAGAAUGAAAUCAAAAUCUCCAAAGGAAGGAAGAAAAAUACUUUUGAAUUUGCUUAUUGAUGUCAAAAGAAUUAUUGGACUUUUAAAUGGGCCACAAAUGGGAAAAUUAAUAGAACCUUUUGAGUUUGAGACAUUUGACGUAGAUGAUGAGAUAGUCUUAUUUAUAAAUUUUAAAAAAAGCACCUUAGAAAGUUUAAUUAUGCAUGACCUAAUUAAAGGAAUUUAUUAGAUAGGAGAAAAAUCAAAUGCUCAUUUAGAAAUACAUCUUGGUAUUAAAAACUCUUUGAAGAAAAUAAUUGAAGAGCCUAAUAUAAAAUUUGUAAAUUGGUUAUUUGAGGGGUUUUUAGCUGAAGCAAAGUUAACGAUGGACAGCUAACUUCUAAAGAAUAUAAGAAAACUCAUAAUAACUAUCUUUUCUUUACGAAAUAUGAAUAACCCUGAUGGAUAAUCUUUAGUGUCAUUUAUUUCAAUAAUGACUUUAUUGAGCAGUUCGAAAUUUCACAUAACUUUUAAAGAUAUGGAUAACAUUAAAACUUUCUUUGAAGGAUUGGGGCUUACAUAGCUUUCUGAAGAUGCACCAAGCUGCUUUGACCUGUUUAAAGAAUUAUUACAAGAUAUUUCUCUAGAUAAAAUAAUUGCUGAAAAUAGCUCGUAUCCCUUCCUUAAAAAAUUAAUAAACUUCCUUAAUGAUCAAGUUAGUGGAAAAGGCUUUAAUAUAUUUUUAUGCUUUGAUAUUGCAGUGCUGCACGCUGAAUUUAACUUUGAAGGAUUAGGGGAUAUAAUUUAAAAGUUAUUAUUUCCAAGUAGUAACUCUUGA